AUGGUUAAUUAUCUUUCAAAGUUUUUACCAAGGUUGUCAGAAGUAACUCAGCCAUUAAGAAAUCUGGAAAAGAAAAAUGUUGAAUGGCAGUGGAACUCUUCUCAUGAUGAAGCAUUCUCCAAGAUUAAGAAACUAAUUGUUGAAGCUCCUUGCUUGAAAUAUUUUCACAGUGCUGAUAAAUCUGAUGUAAUUGCAUUAUUUGAAGAGGUUAGUAAAGUAAAUAUGACAGAACAUGUUGCUGUGACACAUGAAAGACUUGAGGAUAUUAGACAAAAGACCAUAAGUGAUGUUGCAUUGCAAACAUUAAAAGAAACAAUUCUAAAAGAUUAUUAUUCAUCAUAUUUUGAGAUAAAUUCAUUGGAAAAUAUGUUAGCGUCAAAUGUUGUAAGCAAGGUAAGGAGUCAUUUUUCACGCUAUGGUAUACCAGACAUUGACUGUGGCUCACAAUUUACAUCAAGUAAAUUUCAAACUUUUGUAAAGAAAUGGUCAUUUAAACAUGUAAAAUCAUCCCCUUACCAGUUCACAAAAUCAAAGGAGGUUGGCCAUGAUCCUUUAUUAGCACUUCUUGAAUGGGGAAAUACUCCAACUGAGGGAUUUAACUCUUCACCUGCUCAAAGAUUUUUUGGUAGAGGAACUAAAAGUCAAUUGCCUACAACAGAAAAUUUACUUAAACCCAAGAUUGUUGAUGGGGUACCAGAAGUUCAAACUAAGAAAUUGAUUAGGCAAGCUAAAUAUUAUAACAGAUCAUGUAAGAAUUUAGUCUUAUUAAAACCAGGUGAUGUCAUCCGUGUACAACCAGUUCCAGGAAAAAGGGAAUGGAAGAAAGGUAAGGUAAUAAAAGAGGUUUCAAACAGGAUAUACAGAAUAGAAGUAGAAGGCAAAGUAUAUUUAGAAAUAGCAAAUUUCUUAGAAAGACAUCAGAGACAGUAA